GUUUGUUGUUCAUUUGACAGGUUGCCCAUUGAUCGGCAGAAAAAAAGAACUGCAAAUUAGCCAGAGUUAGCCUACUGGGUCAUUUUUUAUCUCUUGUCCCUGGCAAAAUGUCAAAAAGUCACCUUAAAAUAGAAUAAACCGAUAUGCCUAACAGAUACGGUUAAUAUACACAACAUAACAGGAGAGGCGCAGGUGAAACAUUAAUGAUGGCUCAGUUCCAGCAGUCAGUGCAAUACAACAAUUAUGAAUGUUAUUAGUUACACCCACCCGCGCUUGCCAAGUCAGAAUGUCUGCGGUGAAAAAAGGUCUGCUCAACUUGAGUUUCAUCUGACAUUUGUCUCCCCUAUAGUCAAGCGCACCCCACCCUCAAAACUUUAUACGUCUUCAUUUUGUAUGUUCUCAUUUUAGUCUCGUGAAACCCUCCCUCCCUCCCUCUUUGAUCUUCUGCAAUGUAUUUUCCACUUCAGCCAUAGACUACAUCCACUUCCUGUUCUUGACCUCAUAUGACUACUGUAAGCACUGAUCUGUGACUUUUGGACUUUUGUGCACUUCUUCAUAGCUGCAUUUUCAACACGGUCAGUGUGCACAUACAAACCGGACAUAAAAUCAAUAAUGAAUAUAUCCGUUUCUGUCACUGCCACCACAUCACAUACACACGAUUCAUGGUUCUGGGACUUCCUCAGUUUUGCAGCCUGGUUUUGUGUUUUCUGAACAUUAAGGAGAACAUGCUUAUUGCCUCAGAGAGGACUGCCAAUGAUUUGUACAGUAGUGAAGAGUUCGCUACUGGCUGAUUGUAUUCCCAGAAGGUUUCACAAGCAGCAGCCACAUUAAUGACACAAACGAGAUGACUGAGAUUUAUUACAGAACUUGAGAAUUUCUCGAAAAUUGCCCAGUCAGGGCACGUCGACAGCGCGUGUUGUAUAUAGGACAUCAACCGUUAAGGACAAACGCCUCUACACUGUACACAUUACAGGUGCCAGUUUCCCCACAUUGUUUAGUCAGUCACACCAACAGAUUGGAUGCGGGCGUAUCUACUGUAUGUCUACAACUGUUACAUAACCACCCAUUUACUCUGCACGCAAACUUCUAUAAAUGAGAGAGACGUAACAAGGUAAAAGACAUUUUAAGCUUGGAGCUGAAGGUGUUCACGGCUCAGGAUGGAUAAAGGCUGCUGGAAACAGACCCUGGUCCUUGUGGUGGUCUUGGUCAGCACGUAUGCAGAAGCUUCCUGGCACAUGGAUGACUUCAUCACGGCGGUGAAGCAGGUGGAAGACGGGGACCCUGGGUCAGAGCCAGUAGCUGUGCUGAGGAGGCUGCGCAGGGCAGCUGGCCUUAAUGAUGCAUUCAUUCAGCACUUCCUUGGUAAUGCCGAGUCUGGUGGUCCUGAAAUGAACGCCAGCCUCUCAGUUUACAUUAGCAAGGCUUUGCAUCACAGGGUGACAGAAGAUGCUAAAGAGGAAGGCGUGGUCCUGGCUUCUGAUGGCACCACUGUUGCCCUCAUGCCCCUCCUCCUGGGCAUCGAGGCGGGUUUCCUCUCCAAGUCUAAGGGGGGUGUUCGGGGCCUGUACCAGCUCACUCUGCCAAAAGACCUGGACCUUUCUGUCGGGCACAGCUCUCCUCUCACCCAGCUUCUGGGACGAGACGGCUGCUGGGACAAUGUAACCUCUCCUCAGGUCUUCACCCUUUUGGACAGCCCCUCUCUGCUCACCACUGCUCAGGUCAACGGAGGCAUAGACGGCGUGAUUCUAGGGACGGAGGUCAAAUCCAGACGUCCUCUCAAGCUGAGCAGUCUGCUGACAGAGUACUACUGCCACCAGCUGGAGAGCCAAGGACUGGACGCCGCCCCGCGCCUCAUCAGCCGACGUCGCAGGGAGAACUUCAGAGGGCUGGUCACCCCUCCUGCGCUGGUGAGACAGGUGGUGAAAUCAGUAGAGCUGCAGCGGAGACUGAAGGGGCGCUCAAAGAUGGAGAAGAAGGAGAAGAGGCAGCUGACGGCUGUGCUGAAAAAGGGAAUGAGAGAGUUUUACCAAAAGUACAUGGAUUGCCCACCCAUCAUACCUCGCUGUAUGUGGGGCGCAGAGCCGUACAGAGGAACCCCCACCAACCUGUCUCUUCCGCUCUCCUUCAUGUACAUCCACCACACUCACACACCGAGCCAGCCCUGUCUGACCUUCCAGCAGUGCUCCGCAGACAUGCGCUCCAUGCAGCGCUUCCACCAGGAGGACAGAGGCUGGGAUGACAUAGGCUACAGCUUCGUCGCAGGCUCUGACGGGUACCUCUAUGAGGGCCGAGGCUGGCACUGGCGAGGGGCCCACACCCUCGGACACAACUCCAUAGGCUACGGCGUUUCCUUCAUCGGAGACUACGUCACCAGCCUGCCCUCCAAGCAUGCCAUGGGGCUGGUGAGAGAUCAGCUGGCAUCCUGCGCUGUUACUGGUGGGCGACUGGUAGCCAACUUCACCCUGCAGGGGCACAGACAGGUGGUGAACACUGCCUGUCCCGGAGAUGCUCUCUAUAAUGAGAUCACAGGCUGGGAACACUUUGGGGAGGUCAAGAAAUGAAAAUGAUCUGCUUGACAAGAGGAAGACACUAGCCUCCUAAUAAACUAAAACGUAAAACACAAUAAAUGUUUGUCUUAUACUUA